GUCUUCUGCCUAUGUCUUCUCUCUCGAACACACCGAGACUUCAUGCUCUCAUACGCAAUUCUUAGUGAUUUCAGCUUGUUUUGUUUGUUUUUUCGUUCAGUUGUGAUUUGUUGAUCCAGUUUUGAAAGUUGAUUACGAAAGAAGUCCAUAUCGUAUAUACGUUUGUUUACUAUACCGGAGUUUUGUUUUCCGUUGCUAACGCCGGUGAAAGUAGUACCACUAUGUCACAGAUCGGUGAAAGUACUACCACUAUGUCACAGAUCGGCCGUUGUUAUCAUCAGAUAUGAUUUACUCUGUUUUCCGUUGCUAGCGCCGGUGAAAGUACGACCACUAUGUCACAGAUCGGCCGUUUUUAUCAUCAGAUCUGAUUUCCUCUGUUCUCCGUUCCUAACGCCGGUGAAAGUACGACCACUAUGUCACAGAUCGGCCGUUUUUAUCAUCAAAUCUGAUUUCCUCUGUUCUCCGUUGCUAACGCCGGUGAAAGUACUACCACUAUAUCACAGAUCGGCCGUUUUUAUCAUCAGAUCUGAUUUCCUCGGCGUUACCUACACAACUAAAGGACACCAGUUAAAAAUUACCGAUCUACAAAGCAGGGCAGACAGACAGGGUAGAGAGAUGCAAUAAAACAAUUGAAUCAUUUUUUAAUAGCCAUCUUUUACUCGUACCAGUAAAAGAAAAGAGUGUGUUCUUUACAGGAUUGUGAGUGAUCAGAUGUGUUACAGGACAGAGUGAUACUUACUAAAGAUAAAAUAUUGAAGCUUUAAGAGUUUUCUGUUACAGGGUGCAUGCCAGUUUCUGGGAAAGAAGAGCUUGCGAUGCAGUCUAGUAGCUCAUUGACAGGUAUCCCUAUAAAGAAGAGAAGGUUCCCGUUUGUUUUGCCUUCAUCUCCUCCACCUGAGGAGGGAACUUCUUUUCAUGAUGAAAGCAAUUUAAAGAAUGGAGAAUCUAGUUCUACCCAAAGAUCAUCUUUCAACCCUAUUGAUACUGUUGGGUGUACCAUUAAAUCUGAUGUUAGCAAGAAUCCUCUUUUGGAGGUGAAACAAGAAAGGCCAGGUGGGGCACAUGUUAGCUUUGGUCAACCGGUCAUGGAUUCAUCUGGAUCCAAACUAGUUGAAGCAGAUAAGACCUCUGUUCAAUCCACUGAGGAGCCUCUUGGAUCCAUACUUGCUGAAGCUGCAGCAAACAUUACUUCUGCCCAAAUUAAUGAGGAAUCUUUGGAAUCCAAAGUUGAGGUCAUUAACAGGAAGAUUUGCUCAGGUUCUACCAAUAGUGCUGAUAAUUGUGUUAAGGGAUCGUUGACUGAAAGCAGCCUUGAAGUUGUAGAAAACAUUCCAGUUAAUGUCAAGAUGGAAAACAUUGGUAAACAAGCAGAAGGCAACAUUAAAUUUCAAUCUUCUGCACAUUCAGGAAGAAACAUUGAAUUGUCUUUAGGACCACAAAGACAUAACCUUCCUUUGGGAGUACAAAGACAUAACCUUCCUUUGGGAGUGCAAAACAGAGGAGGUUCUGAGAUGCCUAAUAAUUUGGAUACAUCAUUGUUAUCUCUUUCUUUGAACAAAGAAAAAGCUAUUGAUUCUCAAAUUGGAAGAUCAAACAGUAGGUCCAAUGAUGAUAGUCCUGAUAUCGAUACUAAUAGAUCAAACUGGGAUUUGAACAUUACUAUGGAUGCAUGGGAGGGUUCUGGUAAUGGCUUUCAAGAUACAGAUAAUAUUGAUGCUCUAAGCAAAAUCAGUACUAGAGAUGACUUAAAACCUAGUUUAAGCUCAUUUAGUAUGCUUGGUGCUUGCAGUGAUAAAGGGAAGCAAAUUUGUGGAGUUUUUGAGCAGAUAUCUAGUAAACAAUCUAGCAAGUCAGAGGAUUCAAUUUUCCUUAGUCUUGGUAACACUUUCCAUGGUUUGGACUUUAGUAAGAGGCAGUUUGGUUCAAUGACCAAGGCAGACUCAAUUCCACAUACUAUUCCUAGAACCAUUACAAACAUGAAUUCUGUUGGAUGUGAUACUGUUAAGGUAGAACCUAUUGAUGAAAGUGAGAGGGGAAACAUAUUACCUGUUGAAUUUCCAAUCAAGUGUGCAGAAAAGCUUAUUGAGAAAAAAUCUAUAAAAUCUGAACCUUUACAGGAAACUAAUCAAGAAAGCUGCAGGAUGUCCAGCAUGACAUUGCACCAAUCUGUUGGAAAUGUUGUACCAUCAAAAGAGAGCUCUUCUACUUUGUUAGUGCCAUUGACCCCUGAAAAGCUGUUGAGUGCAAGAGUGGCUACCUUUUCAGAGUUGUCUGUCAGCGGGGAGUUAUCAAAUCAAUCUGAACAUUCUGUUCAUACUAAAGAAGUAUAUGCUCGUAACAAUGCAUUAGAUCAGAUGAAUGCAUGUAUAGUUAUUCAAAAUGAAAAUUCUGCUUUAAAAGGUUUGAAUUCAUCUUGUUCUAAAGUAGAUGCUUGUGAGUUAGAGGGUGUGAAAAUUGACAGUUUGGAAAUGUCACAGUUGAAGCAAGUUAAUGAGCAGCAUCAGGCUUUGGUUGCAAGUUGUGAGGGAUCUGUGAGUGGUGAGCAAGAUAUGAAUAUAUCAGUUGAUAUGGAAGAAGAACAACUGUAUGGUUCUGAUUAUGAAUCAGAUAGCAAUCAUGCUUGUACUGUCCAUAUUGAUGAAGGUAGGCCUUGUGGCAAGGAAGAUGAUGAUUAUGAAGAUGGUGAGGUGCGGGAGCCAAUAUUGCAGUUAACAAAAGAAAAUACAAUUGCUUUGGGAACUGAUUCAAAAAAAAACAUUGAUUCUGGCCUUCAUGCUAUGGCUACUUCAUCUAAUGAUAAUAAUGUCCAAUCUAGUUGUGAUGAAAAAGAUGAAAUUGCCAUGAUUCAUCAUGAGGCAAUUAAUGAUUGUUCAAAAGAGUGUGGCGGCGACACAGUUUGUGAUAAGAUAGUUGAUCAAGUCUUGGGAAAAGGUGGUUCUUUGUCGACCUCAAUAUCAGAAAAUGUGCCAACAUGUUCUUAUGACUUUAUGCCUGUAAAUGUUACUCAACAGAUACAUUUUGAUCAAGCAGGAGCGGAAGAUAGACAAGAGGAAAAUAUAGAGGGUGUUUUAGGUGAUGGAGCAUUAGAUGCAAGCAAUGAUAUGAGAGUAACUGUUACCAAGAUUGAAGAUGCCAAUGGAACUAACAAAGCAGAACAGUUAAACUCUAGUUUGGCCAAUGCUGAAACACCUCUAAAUGGUAAUAGUGCUAGAGAUUCUAAUGCAAUUAAGAGCCGGAUUAUCAAUUUGCCUCGGACUUCUAAUUCCACUUCCCCUAGUAAAGCCAGAUCUGUUAUGGGUAGACCAUUGUCAUCACGAAGUGGAAGGGAAAGAUAUUUUGAUGCUCAGGAUGAGAGAUUACAUCUUAGUGGGAAUAGAGGUGAAAUGUACACUGAUUGUUCAAACAAAUAUGCCAGAGAGAGAAUUCGAGAUCGUCCUUAUGCAAGCUCCAGGGUAAGUUUCAUGCGUGGAAGAGGACGAGUUUCGGGCCGAUUUGGUAGGUCACAUCGUUAUUGGGAUUCUGAGCGUGAUUUUAGCUUCACUCGGCGGGAUGAUUACUGUUUUCCUAGACAUAAGCGUGCUGCUGCCAUUGGUGAUGCUGAAGUUGAACGGAAUGACUUUGAUAUUUCACCAAAUGGAGCUGUUAUGGGUCUAAGUAGAGGAAGGAAACACUUGAAUGGUGAGUCACCUUCUUUUCGGCAUUCUUCAUCAAGGAGGCUUUCUCCUGACAGGGAUGGUCAUGCAACCAUGGGCAUUCAAAUACUUGGUAGGAUGCCUAGAAAUAGUAGUCCGAGUAGAUGUAUUGAUGAAGAUGGUUCAGAGUUUGUCGGACUUAGGCAUGGUGAGAGGUUUGUGAGGAAUUUGCCGAAUGAUAUUAUUGAUCCUUUAUAUAGAUCAGAUGGGCAAUUUGUCCGUGGCAAAAAGUUUUUCCCCACCAUUCAAAGGAGAGAUUUUUCUCGAAUGCGAUCCAAAUCUCCAGAUGGAUCUCAAAGGCAUUCCCCUGGCCCUUGGACUUCUUCUCAUAGAAGAGCUAUGGAAGGACUUGAUGAUCUUUCUGAAUUGCAACAGCGUAGAUCUCCAGUUAUGUAUCGUGUAGAUAGGAUGAGGUCUCCUAAAUGUGAUUAUUUUUCUGAGGAAAUAGUUCCUAGAAGGCGUGGCUCUCCAUCCUAUGUGGCUCGUUCUUCUAACAACAUGAGGGAUGUGGAUGCUAUGCAGGAACAUGGGCACCCAAAUUCCUUAUCCAGUAGAAGUCCUAAUCGUCUCUUUCCUAGAAACACUAGGAGAGCUGAUGGUGUAAAUUGCCGAGAGAGGGUGGAUGAUGAUGAGUACUUUAGUGGGCCAAUAAAUUCGAGUAGAUUGCAUGAGCUUCGGGGGGAUGGAAGUAGUGAUGAGAGAAGAAAGUUUACUGAGAGACGAGGCGUUCGUUCUUUCAGACCUCCUUAUAGCAAUGACACUGAAAAUUUCCGUUUCCAUCCAGAUGGUGGACCUAGGAAUUUUGGGUCCUCUCCAGAGGAAGAUGCGGAGUUCAUGGAAAGAACCAAUACAAGGGAAAGGGAAUUUGAUGCACAUAUAGAAACUGGACCUGGGAUUGCACCUAGGAGAAUGAGAAACAUGGAAGAGCAAGAAGGAAACUAUCGACCACAACUUUGGCAUGGUGAUGGGUUUAAUGAUGCCUCUAGAUUGAAAAGAAGAAGAUUUUGACUUGUUGCCCAUGAUGUUUUUCUAGAUACUACAUUUGGCUCAAUGGCAUGUGAUUUUUGUUGGACCCGAGUUGAAUGUCAAGGCAUUAAUGAGAGCAAGAUGGGACCUAUACCCAUAGUGAACCGCAAUGGCACAAUGAUUCAUGUUUCUUUUUGAUUUCAUGCAGUUCAAAACUCAGUCUUAUGAACUUUUUUCGUGGGUAAAUAUUUUGAGCUGCAUGGGACUAGAUUUCACCUUUAGACUUCACCUGAAAGGCUCCGUUGAGGCUAUGAUUUGCCAGGUCCAACAGGGAAGGAGGUAGCACUCAACUAGAAUUCAGGUUCAAUGUUGUCUCUAUAAUGAGGAGAAAAAAUGCUAGCUUGUUUCUCCAUGAUGUUUCCAGGUUUGUGGACUGUUUGACUGAACCUGUAUGAAUAAGAAGCUUGCUUUUUAUUGGGGGCAAGAUGGGGGAGAUACUGGCAUAACAAAGCAGCAUUGGCAGUACCCA